AUGCGGGUGGUUGAGGUGUGCUCUGCCAUCACGGCUCGCGGGGCUGCCGGGGUGCUCGCCGGGCCUGCGCCCUCUCCCGCUGUGCUCGCCGUCGCUGCGCCUGGUGUCGGCGCAGCUGCCGCCGUAGCUGGAGCUUCGAGGGCCAUCACGUCGGGAGCUUCGGGGGCCACCACGUCAGGCAUUGCCACGCCUGGCACUGGCGCAUCCGCCGUCGCCGCGUCAGGCGUUGCUGCGCCUGGCAUUGGCGCACCUGCUGUCGCCGCGUCGGGCGUUGCUUCACCUGGUGCUGGCGCACCCGCCGUCGCAGCGUCGGGCGCCAUCGGGUUAGCGGAAGCUGCUGCACCCGAGCUCCCCGCAUCCACCGUCGCUCCCGCCGUCGCCGCCGAGGCCCUGGUCGCCUGGACCCCUGCUGACGAGCCAGCGAUAGUGGAAGAACUGCUUGGGCGAGAGGCCCUGGCAAACAAAGAGAAGAAGCCUUCAGUAAAAAGUGGAGCACCAAGAAUAAGGGAAGUGAACGGAAGAACACUUACCCUGAAGCACCGGGUCUCCAGCGCCCACGGAGGCUCGGCGACUGCUUCUGCUGCUGCUGCUCCUGUGGCGGCGGCGGAGGCGCAUCUUGGCGGCAUGGGGGAUCGAUUCCCCUCCUCAAUUUCAGAGAAGGGGGCCUACAGGGAGGGGCGCGACGGCCAUGGCCGUGGCGGGCAGGCGGCGGCCGUGGGCAAGGGCGGCCAGGGGUGA